CCCUCUGGGACAGCAGUGUGUGUUUUGGGGGUGGACAGAGUGGCUUUGUAUGCAGAACAUCACCGGACACCAGCGGGAGGGACGCUGUCAGUUGUUCUGUGUGUGUGUGUGUGUGUGUGUAGUGAAAUCAGACCUACCUCUGCUCCCUGCCACACACACACUCCUCCAUCUGUUGCCCAGGAGCCUGCCGUCUGCUGCCUCUGGUCUCCUCUGAGGGUUCAAAUGCGUGUGAGAGUCUUGGAGAGCUGAUUCCCGGAGGUCAGGAGGAGUCUGUGAUGUGGAACCUGUGGGAUUAAACUUUCUGGAGUGGCAGUGUCAGAGAUGGAUUGGAGCCGGGAGACGAGAAGUUCAGACUCUUGAUUGACUGGAGGAUCCCAGAGGAGGAUUUGCAAGCUCCACGAAAAAUCGCCCCGUCUUCUCUUUUUGCUUGAUUGUCUCUUUAUCUGGAGGUUGUCCACGAGCUUGUGUGGAGAGUGUGUGUAGCCCAUGCGGGCGGGGAAGGAUGCAGAUCUGAGAAAACGCCGCGCCUCGAUGCCAGCUGCUACGCUCCCUUGCGCUGUGCCGGCCGGGUCCGACUGGAGCUUCCAGAACCCGGUGGGGGUGGACUGCAGCGCGCCUGAACCCCGCUGCAUCUGGCUGGCCGUGCUCCGCAGGGCCGCGGGCUCAGAGCCGCCGCCCGCCAUGCCCACCGGGCCCAUCCAGAGCUCUCAUCAGCCCCGGGGUAAGGGACGGAGGGAUGGUCUCUCAGCCGGUGACAACCCUCGGCCGCCGAUGGUUACCAGGCCGGGAAGGGAGGGGGUCGGCGUGGGCUGGAAGGGUCCCCGGACGCUGGUCCUCCAUAAGAACUCACAGGGUUUCGGCUUCACGCUACGCCACUUCAUCGUUUACCCUCCAGAGUCCGCCCUGCACACCAACCUCAAGGAUGAAGAGAACGGUAACGGAAAGGGGUACCAGAAAGGUCGCCUGGAGCCGAUGGACACCAUAUUUGUGAAGAGUGUGAGAGAAAAAGGACCGGCCCACCUGGCGGGCUUGUGCACAGGUGACCGGCUGGUGAAAGUGAACGGAGAGAGUGUUCUGGGAAAGACGUACUCGCAGGUCAUAGCCCUCAUUCAGAACAGUGAAAGUGUGUUGGAGCUCUCCAUUAUGCCAAAAGAUGAAGAUGUGCUUCAGUUGGUAAGUGCUUACUCCCAGGAUGCCUACCUGACAGGCAACGAACCCUACUCAGGGGGAGCUGAGUACCUGCCACCACCACCCCCCCUCUGUUACCCACACACCAAGGCCACACCCCCUGCUGGAAGUCCUCUGUCUGGCUCUAUGGGCCAGAACCAGCUGGAUAACUGGAGUCGCUGGCCAGGAUCUUCAAGCCCCUCUUCCCCCCUGGACAACCGUUCCGCUGUGGGCAGCCCCGCCAGCUGGCAGGAAGGGCGCGCAGGUGAGCCCGGCGGCGUGGGGCACAGCAGCCCGGCCCACCGCACAGAGGAGAUCCAGUACGGUAUGACCAGCCAGCAGCCUCAGGGCCAGACCAGGGGACGCUCCUACUCUUCCUCUUCCUCAUCAGGAGGUCCUUUGUCCAGCCCGCUGCAGGUCCACUACCCGAACCACCACGUUGCCAGCUCCUCUCAGGCACCGCCGCGCAAGUCCAGCUCAGCCUGGACAAGCCCCCCCCUGCCCCAGGUCAGCCAUGGCCGCACGGGGCGCCGGCAGCAGGCGCUCUCUGACUGGUACUACAACCAGGUGCCUGAGCGCCCGGGACGCAGCAUGCAGACCCGCCACCGCAGCUACUCUCAGGACCGGCUCAGCGACUCCCGGAGGCAGCAGCAGCGGACGGGCGGCUGGCCGCACAGCGCCUCUCAAGACACUCUGAUGUUACUGCAGCAGUCAGGACCCGGGCCCCAUGGGGAGCCCUACUGGUCCUAUGCAGACUGGGAGGGGGGCCCAGGUCCCGGCCACCCUACCACUAACUAUACCCGAACCCGCUCUGAAAACCUGCUGGCCCAGUACGAUCGCCAUGGCCACUCGUUAGAGAUGCUGGACCGAGCAGCACCUGCACUGGUCUCGCCUCGGUUUGAGAGGCCGUCCUGGGUUCAGCAGGCUCCCCCGCCGCCCCCCAGGACUGACGCCUACACAAGGCAGGGGAACCAUUACGGUGCAGCUCAAGCUCCUCCAAUGCCCCGGCAGUCACAUUCUAAACACCACCCCCAGACUCACAGCCAGGCCCACUCCCAGCCUCAGCCCCAGCCUCAGCCCCAGCCUCAGCCCCAGCCUCAGCCCCAGCAGCCUGCUCCCCAGAGCAGGCGGCUCCCCUCUGGGCAGAGCAUGGACGACCAGCCGGUGGGCUACCGCAGCUACAGCCCCUCUUUUUACCGGAAGACGGGUCGCAUCAUGCAGCAAGCCCACUCUUUCAGGGACCCUUCGUACUCUGGCCCUCACAUGAAUUGGAACCCAACGCCAAAAACGAGCCCCCCAGAGGGCACCACAGCACCCCUCACUUCUUCUGCUGCGUCUCCACUUGCCUCUGCCACUCCCGAAUCCCAGGACCAAGCGUACAGGCCGACAAACCACGAGAGGGAACGAGGGUCCGUGGAGGCAGAGGUGGCACAGACCCAGGAAGUGGUGCUGAGGCAGAAACCUCCUACUGGGCGGAGGAACGCCCAUGGCAUGCGUCACCCUCACUACGCCCUGCCCAUAGACGGGCUAGAACCCUCUUUGUUUUCUCCCGAUGCCCAGGAUCCUGCCACUAGUUCCUCGGGAGAUGUAGCCCCUCGGAAACCAAAUGGCAACCUUGCCCCACUCCCUAUAGAGGACGACUCCCUGGCCUCCAUCCCCUACAUAGAUGAGCCGACGAGCCCCGGCGCAGAUUUACGCGCCCGUCACGUGCCAGCGUCCUCGGUGGUGUCCAGCGGCAUGAAUUCUGCGCCCGCCGUGGUUACCAACCCCGCCUCCCCCACCUUCACCUUUCCCCUCACUAGGCUCUUCUCACACGACUGCAGCAGUAUUAAAUCCGGUCGCCGUUCCUCCUAUCUUCUAGCCAUCACCACGGAGCGCUCCAAGUCAUGUGACGAAGGACUCAACACGUUCAGAGAGGAAGGCCGAGUCUUCUCGAGGCUACCAAAGAGAGUGAAGAGCUUCUUCACCGACGGGUCUCUGGACAACCUUGGGACAGCUGAGGAGGUUCGAUCUAAACGCCACUCCACCUCAGAGCUAGGAAACAUAAUCUACAGCGACGUACGACAAGAAGGAUGGCUGCACUUCAAACAAAUCCUCACAGAGAAGGGCAAGAAGGUUGGCAGCGGCAUGCGUCCGUGGAAAAGAGUCUUUUCUGUGCUGCGCUCCCAUUCGCUGUUCCUCUACAAGGACAAGAGGGAGGCGGUGCUCCGCGGGGCCACCAUUGGCGGAGCGGCCGAGGAUGAGCAGCCAAUCAGCAUCCGGGGCUGCCUGGUGGACAUUGCGUACAGCGAAACCAAGCGGAAGCACGCCCUGCGGCUGACCACUCAGGACUUCUGCGAGUACCUGCUGCAGGCGGAAGACCGGGAGGACAUGCUGGAAUGGAUCAAGGUCAUCAGGGAGAACAGCAAGACGGACAACGAGGAGCUCGGCUUCUCCAGGCAGGCCCUCAUCAACAAGAAGCUGAAUGACUACAGGAAACAGAGUCCAACAGGCAGCAAGCCCGACUCCUCUCCCAGGAUGCAUCGCAUGAAGCCUCCCUUCAUGCACACCAAGGCAGAAAACGCUGCCGGGGCGCCACGCUCUCCCAAACCAGAGGGCAAAGAUGAGAGCGGCCCUCCGAAGUCUCCAUGGAGCAUCAACAUCAUGAAGAAGACGAAGAAAUCUGGCCCUAAAGCUUUUGGUGUGCGCUUGGAGGAUUGUCAGCCAGGUGUAAAUAACAAGUUCAUCCCGUUGAUUGUGGAGAUCUGCUGUGGGCUGGUGGAGGAGAUGGGUCUGGAGUACACGGGGAUCUACAGAGUCCCCGGGAACAACGCCAUGGUGUCAAGUCUUCAGGAUCAGCUCAACAAGGGCGUCGAAAUCAACCCUGCAGAGGAGAAGUGGCAAGACCUCAAUGUUGUCAGCAGUUUACUCAAAUCCUUCUUCAGGAAACUUCCAGAGCCGCUCUUCACCAACGACAAGUACAAUGACUUCAUCGACGCAAAUCGGAUAGACAGUGCAUCAGUGAGGCUAAAAACCAUGAAUAAACUGAUCAGAGACCUGCCCGAUUAUUAUUACGACACUCUGAAGUUCCUGGUUGUUCACCUGAAGACUGUAGCCGACAGCUCAGAUAAAAACAAGAUGGAGCCCCGUAACCUGGCUCUGGUGUUCGGGCCGACUCUGGUCCGGACGUCUGAGGACAACAUGAAGGACAUGGUCACACACAUGCCCGAUCGCUACAAGAUAGUCGAGACGCUCAUCCAACAUUGCAACUGGUUUUUCGCUGAGGAGCAAGACGAGGAUGAAAAGACGCCGGUGGACACGCAAGACGUGCAGCCCGCCCCCAACAUCGACCACCUGCUGUCCAACAUCGGCAGGACGUGUCUGCUCGGGGAGGCGUCAGACUCAACCAACAGUGACUCAGCGAAAUCUAAGGGGUCGUGGGGGUCAAAGAAAGACAUCACAUCCAAGGACUUCCUGGCUCUGUCCAUCAUGUCAGCUGUGACGGGCCGCAAACGCAGGAAGCGCCAUAACGCCCGCCGUGUGGGCAGCAGCACUGACGACGACUCGGAGCACGAGCCAAUCAAAGCCGGACAUUUAGUGGCAGGGGGGGAAGAGGGGGCGGGCUUGCCGGAAGGAGACACUGCGCCUCGAGCAGAGGGAGAGGAGGACGACGAUGAAGAGGAAGAGGAAGAAGAGGAAGACCAGGAAGUUGUAGAAAGCGGAGUGAAAGAGGUGGUAGGAGAGCAGGUGGUGACGGUUGAUCCCGGCCGGACGUGCAGUAAAGAGGAAGAGGAAGAGGAGGCAGGAGGAAGGCCGGCAGCCACGUUGCUGCAAGAGGAGGAGGAGGUGCGGGUGGAGGUGAAGGGGCCGCCGUGGAGAUCUCCAGAGGACGCUCGCUCUAUUGUUUCCGGUUAUUCCACCCUCUCCACGUUGGGGCGGAGCCUGGGAUCCGAGGGGAGGGGGGGCGAUGCUGAUGACGAGCACAGCGAGCUGGUGAGCGAGACGGACAACGAGAGCGGCUUCGCCUCGCGCUCCCUCACCCAGGAGAGACCUGAGAAACACCCGACACCACCCGUGAACACACAGGCGGCCCCCCGCAGCUUCCUCUACACCCACUACAAGGCCCCUGCCCUCUCACCCACAAACCUGCUGGCCCCGCCCACAGCGCUCACACACACGCCAGACUCUGCAGACAGGAGUGAGGGAGGGGCGCUGUCCACCACACCUUCGUCCUCCUCCUUCUCCUCCUCCUCCACCACCACUCACAGACUGCACUCGCGGCCUUCCUUCAACUCCCACAAGCUGAUCCAGUGCGACACCCUGGCCAGGAAGAAGCUGAAGUCUGAGAAGGGGAAGGCUCGGUCCCUGGACCUGCUGGAGCUGCAGGCCGCCGCGGCCGAGGCCCACGCUGCUGGCUCUGGGUCAGAUGGUACGUCCAGAGCGAGGAGGGAGACCUCCAGAACUAACCCCUCCUCCGGCAGCAGUCAGGAGAGCCUGCACCCAGCCCGGCUCAAACCCUCCCUGCCCCCCAGCGAGGCCUCCUCCUUCACCCCCACCGGCCCUGGGGGAAGGUCUCUGGCGGAUCAGGUCCGCGCCCGCCUGCUGGGCUCGGCCGACGACCUGCGCAGCGUGGGACUGAGGAAACCACUUUCACCAGAGACCAGGAGGAAGAGGAGGGCCUGGCGCAGACACACGGUGGUGGCCUCCCCAACAGAGAUCUCUGAGAAGAGACCCCCGCUGACCGUCAGUGACUUCCCCCUGUCCCCCAUCAUUCAGAACCAGGUGAAACCACUGCCUCGGGACGCAGAGGGGCUUGAACAAGAACCGGCUACACGUCAAGCCCCCACCUCCAGAUUCCACCAGUACCUGUGAGCCCCUUUAGCCGAGCCGCUGUCUGCAGGUCAGUAGGCCUGCAGCAGCGUCAACACGGUUGUGGUUGAUUGCCAGGUGCAACACAGUGUACCAAUGAAGAGCAGCCCACCUUUUUAUUUUCCAUUAGCUCCAUUUGCAUGGCGAGGGGCAUUCCAGUGUUGCCAAAGCUUUUCUUUCCAUAUGUGUGCUUUUAUAGAAAUAAAACGGAAACAGACCUCACCAUAAUCACUGUUACAGCCAAGAAUUCCCAUAAUAGUAAUGACCAGUCAUCCUUCCCCUCUUCUCUGGCGUACUUCUAAAAAGACAUACAUUCAUUAAAAUCCAAGUGGACGCUGAAAAUGCAACGUCCCACUGGUUAUUGAGAAAAUUAUGCUUCUGCUCAAAGAAGGGUUUAACAGUAACUGUUACAAAAUCUUCUCUGAACCGACUUCAGUGAGCCAUACGAAACAGCCUCACACCUCUAAUUACAGAAAAGGUAAUUGGUUGUUUAAAAAGCAUUUCAAGAGGGAAGUCAAAUGAUUUUUUUAUAUCAGUUUUUGUAUUUUGUGUCUCCUCAGACCACGGACACUGUAAGACAUUUAUAUUCCAAACAACAGACAUAGUCGGACACAAACACACUCGUGUCUCGUUGCUUGUUAAUACUGUUUAUGUGUUCAUAUCUGAGCGUGCAGGUGUUUGUGUUGAACAAUUUUGUAACAUUUGUACAAAGCCUUGUUAAGUUAACCUUGUAAAUAUAAAUAUUAUGUUAUCAUAUUUGUUUUUUUUAGUUCCUUUUUUAUGGUUUACAAAAGUGCUAAAAAAGUGCACAGUCAUUUCUUUCAAGAUGUUACUUGAAAUGUUUCCCUUAAUAUAUUCUUUUUUUUAUAUUCAAUAUAUAUAUUAUAUAUAUUUUGUAUUAAAGUUUAAAAAAAGUAUGUUUAUUGUGAUUUCACCUCUUGGGUGUACCUGUUCACAGGGGAUAAGAUAAACCUGUUCCUUAUUUCCUCAAAGAUGGCCUUUCUCUCUGAUUCUCAGCACUGUGCAGCAAACUGUUAUAUUAUAAGAUAAAGUCUUAUAAAUAAAGUUCUCUGGUGACUAUACUUCCAACAAUGUUGCAUCAACAUGUACACAAACGAUCUACAUGUAGCAAAUAGAAAUCUGGUCAUUACUACAAUAUCAUUUGAAGGCAGCUACACUUUGAUAGCUGACCUCAUUGUUUCUGUAUGUCUGGGAUGUCUGAGCAUUGCCUCUUCAGAUCUGCUCAUAUUUGCUGAGCUCAAGACAAAGAACGUUCUUUCUUGUUAAAGAGAAGCUUCGGGCUGUUUAUCAGGCUUUGGAAAUAUUGUGUAGGACAUACAAGUCGCUACAUUUUCACCUCUGUUAAGGGUGAUCUUUGUGUUUCUCACCACAUACCCUCCGAGGGUUCAUCUCUCUGCAGGUGUAUUACCUUGGGGCUACGUGAGGAGGAGUUCUCCAUAAGGUCUGAUAAAUCCUCCCUGCCUGGGGGAAUGGUACAUUUGAGGAAAAGGAGUACAGAAUGAAUCUAUUGUUUUCAUCUGUCAUCUCCAUUUCCCAUUCAAACAGGAGGUGCAACUUCCAAAGUCAUGGGACUCGCUUUCAUCCGACCAAAUAACCCAGUGAGAAAUAAUAAUAAUAAUAAUAAAUGAUGAGUUAUAGUCUUGUCUUACCUCAAGAUUUUUUCUACAAAGUGCCUGAUUUCUGGAAUGUGUUUUUGUUCUGCAGUGCCAUGGUCUGUUCUUAUCUUUCCGUUUCCUUUGGUUCGUUCCUGGGUCUCCGCCCUCCUCUCCUGUGGUUGAUGGUAUAACUAAGGCACUGACCCAAAGAUGUGUACAUUUAAUACAAGGGGUCUAAUUGUGAGGCUGUUAUUUAAAAUAAAAUAAUUAAAAAGCACACGUCAAGCCAAGGACAUGUCUAUGCACUCUCUUUGCCUUUAACACAGGCAUUAACAGCUAUCACCACUGCUGCAAAGAGGGAAGAUGCAUAGUUCUCUCUCAGCUGCUUUUUUAACAGAUCGAGGUCCUAUCUCUCUGCCUAGUUGAUCCACAGUGUGUGAAUAUGGUACACCUUACAAGCCCUACCCUGAACCGGCAUUAGCUCAUGUCAGACAACAAUUUCUUACAGAUAAACCAACAGCUCAAGAAAACUCAACAAGUCAGUGUGUUGUGAUUUUUAUCCAAUGUCUCGUAUUUUAAAAAUCGUUUUUGUACAUACUAUCUUAAUAUGUAACAUAUUGUAUUGUGUACAUUUGGAAUUGCUUUUUGAGUAUAACUAAUAUGAAAAUGACUGGACUUAAAAAAGGUUGUCCGCCUGAAACCAUUUCCCUCAUGGCUGUGUGCUUUAAAGCAAGGUUAUAUGAUGUAAAUAAACAGAACUAUGUUUAAA